AUGCCGAAGAGCUCUCAACUCCGAUGCCCGGAACAUUUCUGGAGAAGCCUGCACGGAGAGCUUUCUCUUGCCUGGCAAGGGACGGCAGGAAUGUGGAGGUCUAGCCGGGAGAGAAUAAUGUCGUCGGUCCAGGGCCAGAGGGCGAGAGAAGGUGAAAAAAUGCCAGCCAGGGGGGGGUGUCCCAAAAGUAUCCCCAGCAUCACGAGCCGAUUGCCUUAG